AUGUUGGGAAUGAGAACUGAAGGAGGAUGGGAAACAAACAGGGAGUGUUGUGUAGAGAGGCCGCAGUUUUCACAUUAUACGCAACGAUAUCAGAUAAUUGAUCGAAUAAACGGCGCGGUUUGCGGAAUGUGAUGUAUAACUCGCGUGCAGGGAAGCAGAAGACGAUAUUUCCAGCAUAUCUUUACUAAAAAACCCACCGCAUUCAUCAAAUCCAGCAUGCGGCAUUUUCACGCGCUAAUCUUGGAUCUGAAAUGGACACAAAUGCGACCUGAGACACUGACAUAUCUGUGAUAUUCCCUCACGGUGAUUCUGACUGGAUUGGUGAAGACGAUUGGCAUAAAGCCGUCAGUUCUUCAUUCAUGCACAUAUCAUACGGAUACUGAAGAUCAUCUGUUCGUCUGUUGUUUUAUAUUUUAUUGUCAGUAAAGGACUUGUCCAGUCACAGUGAUUUCAGCAUCACAGCAGUGCCAUGCACCCCCCAUCCAAAAAGCUGAUGCCCACAUAGAGGUCUCUGAACAGACACCCUCUGGCCGCAGAGGAUGCUGGGAAUGUGUCGUGGGCGCAGGAAGUUUGUGGCUGCCUCCCUCGCCCUGAUCUUUAUCCCGGCCCUCACCUGGCUCUAUCUGUCAUCCGCAAACUUCACAGUCAAACCGCUGUCUCUGUCACCGUUGGAUCCUCAGUCAUCGGUGCUGAUCGGUGCGGCCGCCGAGCAUCAGGCUUUGGAGCUGCGGCUACGAGACGUGGAGGAACAUAACCAUGCGCUGCGGAGAGAGAUUAGCCUGUUGCCCAGGGUCCCGACCCAUAGCAGCCAUCAUAGCAACGGUCGCCAAGGCAACCACUUGCACACCCAUUCCACUGAAGAGGGUACAGGUGAUAGCGAGGCUAAAAAAGGAGUUGCCUCGGGCAACAGCUCGGACUGUGUGCCUCAGCCUGUGGUGAACAAAUGUGAGACCAUUCACAUUGCCAUCGUGUGUGCGGGGUACAAUGCGAGCAGAGAUGUCGUCACUUUGGUCAAGUCAGUUCUGUUUCACAGACGGAACCCACUCCACUUCCAUAUUAUCACGGACUCCAUCGCUCGGAAGAUCCUGGCCGACCUCUUUCACACCUGGAUGGUGCCGGCCGUUCAUGUCAACUUCUAUGACGCUGAUGAGCUGAAGUCUGAGGUGUCUUGGAUCCCUAACAAGCAUUAUUCUGGCAUCUAUGGCCUGAUGAAGCUGGUGCUGACCAAGACGCUGCCCUCCGACCUAGAGAAGGUCAUCGUCCUGGAUACUGACAUCACCUUUGCCACAGACAUCGCUGAGCUGUGGGUCGUCUUCCACAAGUUCAAAGGUCAGCAGGUUCUUGGUUUAGUGGAGAAUCAGAGCGAUUGGUACCUGGGGAACCUGUGGAAGAACCAUCGGCCGUGGCCAGCAUUGGGCAGAGGCUUUAACACCGGUGUGAUUCUGCUGUUGUUGGAUCGUUUGAGGAAGCUGAAGUGGGAACAGAUGUGGCGGCUGACGGCAGAGAGAGAGCUCAUGAGCAUGCUGUCUACAUCACUUGCUGAUCAGGACAUCUUCAACGCUGUGAUCAAGCAGAACCCGUUCCUGGUGCACCAGCUGCCCUGCUUCUGGAAUGUUCAGCUGUCGGAUCACACCCGCUCUGAGAAGUGCUACAAAGACGUGUCCGACCUCAAGGUGAUUCACUGGAACUCUCCGAAGAAACUGCGUGUUAAGAACAAACACGUGGAGUUCUUCAGGAAUCUCUAUCUGACGUUCCUGGAGUAUGAUGGGAAUCUGCUGAGGCGUGAGCUCUUUGGCUGUCCCAGUGAAACAGACCACAACUCGGAGAAUCUCCAAAAGACCCUAUCCGAGCUGGAUGAAGAUGACCCAUGUUACGAGUUUCGUCGGGAGCGCUUUACUGUGCACCGCACACACGUCUAUUUCCUGCACUAUGAGUAUGAACCAACCUUAGAUAACACAGACGUGACGCUGGUGGCCCAGCUUUCUAUGGACAGGCUGCAGAUGCUAGAGGCCAUCUGUAAGCACUGGGAAGGGCCCAUCAGUCUGGCGCUCUACCUCUCCGAUGCCGAAGCCCAGCAGUUUCUGCGAUACGCUCAGGGCUCGGAGGUUCUGAUGAGCAGGAGCAACGUGGGAUACCACAUAGUCUAUAAAGAAGGCCAGUUCUACCCUGUUAACCUGCUGCGUAAUGUUGCUUUGGGCCAGGUCAACACACCCUACAUGUUCCUGUCAGAUAUCGACUUCUUGCCCAUGUAUGGACUCUAUGAGUACCUCAGGAAAUCAGUUGUUCAGCUUGAUAUGGCGAACACUAAAAAGGCUCUUGUGGUUCCGGCGUUUGAAACACUGCGCUAUCGGCUGUCCUUUCCCAAAUCUAAAGCAGAGCUCUUGUCACAGCUCGAUAUGGGCACUCUGUUCACAUUCAGAUAUCACGUCUGGACAAAAGGUCAUGCUCCCACAGACUUUGCCAAAUGGAGAACCGCUACAACACCGUACCGGGUUCAGUGGGAGGCCGACUUUGAGCCGUAUGUGAUGGUCAGACGAGAAAGCCCCGAGUACGACCGGCGCUUUGUGGGGUUUGGGUGGAAUAAAGUAGCUCACAUCAUGGAGCUGGAUGCUCAGGAGUACGAGUUUGUGGUUCUGCCCAACGCCUACAUGAUCCACAUGCCGCACGCGCCCAGUUUUGACAUCACCAAGUUUCGCUCAAACAAACAGUACCGCGCUUGUCUGAAGACGCUGAAGGAAGAGUUUCAGCAGAAUAUGUCUCGGCGCUACGGUUUCGCCGCGCUCAAAUACAUGACAGUGGAUAACAACAGCUAGCCGAGCACAUCGUCCCAGAAACCGAAACAAUAACCUCCACGAGCUGAUCCUGGAGCGCUGUGUGACAG